AUGUUAAUCUCAAAGACGGCAGCUAAGAAAGAUGACUUCUCCAUCAAGAAAAUCUCUCCAAAGCUCGGCAGAGAAAGAGGAGCUCGAAACCCUAACGAACCGACUUCUUCACACGACCUGGUCGAACCGAUGGAGUUUCUUUACGUAGAAGUAAUGAAAGUCAUCAACACUCCCAAAACAUGUAUUCCCACCGUUGAAAUCACUCUCGGAAACCACAAAUCCUCUACCAAGGAUCUACCAAUUGGACCAAACAUGGAUUUGAACCAAGUCUUUGCUUUCGACAAAACCAAAGACGAUGUCUUGAACGCUACUCUCUCUCUCGAAGACGAUCAAUCCGAGAACGGUCGUCUUGUAAUUGUUGGCAAGAAAAACUUCAAGCUCGCAGAGGAUAUUCCGUCUAGGGCUCCUCCUGAUGCAAGAAUCGUGCCACAGUGGUAUUCUAUGAACAUGACCGAAACCGGUCAUCCCGUGAUGUUGCUGAUGUCGGUUUCGUUUGGUACACAAGCCGACGAGGUCUAUUCAUAUGCUUGGUUUUCGGACUCGUUUGAUGGUUACAGUUGUUUUUCAGGUCAUGAAUUGAGUUCUAACGAUGGAAAACAAACUCCUUCGGUUUACGUGAAGGCAACUCUCGGUGACCAAGUCCAGAAAACCAAGGUUUCUUUUGGUUCGAACCCUACAUGGAAUCAAGAACUAAUGUUUGUAGCAUCAGAGCCCUUAUAUGAUACUGUCUACAUUAGCUUAAUCGACCAAUUCGAUGAUCAGCAAGAAGAAUGCAUAGGAAGGGUAGUGAAGAAGCUCUCAGAGAUGAAUGCGGCGGUUAAAGUUCCUGGAACCAAAUUGCCGAUUUCGUUUUACGACAUUGAACCGGCGGUUGAAGGUGAUUCAAGGCAAUGCACCUUAACAGCUUCUUCCAUCAGUUGCUUGGUUUGGUCCGGCGAAAGCGGAGAUAUGUAA